AUGAUAAAACUCCCCAAAACCCCCACGAGAUUGCAUGGAACAAAACAUCGGAGUCCCUGUUAAUCCAAAACUUGCCUUUCCCUCUUUCAGAUCUCAUCCGCUUCCAUUUCUCAGCUGAUUCUUCCACCUCCAUCUCUAUAUCCCCAAAUUUUACUAUCCUCGUCUUUUUCAUUACUCACUUCCUCUUCACCUUUGCAUUGUGGAAUGUGGGUUCCCUCUGUUGAUCUAGGGUUUAUAUCAUCGGAUUUCUUCCGACUACACCCGAUUUUCAGAUCAGACCACGAAUACACGGGAUGGAGACUGUACUAAAAGAGAAGGACGCUGCGGAUUGGGUAUAUAGAGGUGAAGGUGCCGCUAAUCUUGUCCUUGCUUAUACUGGCUCCUCUCAACCAUUUAUUGGAAAAGUUAUGCGUAUACAAAAGGCUCCUAUCAAUGGGUCACAGCGUGCGAGGAGUCCGACGGCAUUUUCUAAAUACGAAUACUUGUUGUGGGGUGACAUAGGGAACCUUGUCUCUUCCAGUGAUAGGGACACUGCUGCCCAAACCUUUGUGCAGCGUGUAAUGAGCCCCUUAUUGGGUUCCAAACACGUUGAUGCUGGUAAACUUAUCUUAGUAAGCAAAGAAUUCCUAGAGUUGGCAGAGAAGAAUGUAAGUAGUCAGCGCCCAUCUUGGAGGGUAAAUGCCGGAAAGAUUGAUACUCAGCGUGAUUAUGUUCUUAUUCUAUCUGAUCAUUCCAUUUUCCCUAACGGUUCUUUGGAAGGUGAGCCUUGCAUAUCUGUUGAGAUAAAGCCAAAAUGUGGCUUUCUCCCAUUCUCAAGGUUCAUAACUCAUUGCAAUGCGGUUAAAAGGUGUAUGACUCGUUUCAGAAUGCACCAAGCUCUUAAGUUGCAUCAGGAAGAGAUAUCAGAGUUCAGUGAUUAUGAUCCACUAGACCUCUUCUCUGGAUCCAAGGACCGUAUACUUAAAGCAAUUAAAGAUCUUUUUUCCACACCUCAAAACAACUUUCGAGUGUUCCUGAAUGGCUCUCUUAUAUUUGGGGCACUGGGUGGUUCUGCAGAGAAUACUGACGUGAUUGUUGGAGAAGCAUUUGAAGAUGCACUAAAGUCUGUGAUCCUGGCAGAUGAUGGGUUGUGCACUAGUAGCUUGCUACAGCUUGUCACUGAUACUUUAUAUAAAUCUGGCGUUCUGGAUCGGCUUCUUGAAGUCCAGAAGCUUGAUAGUUUGGACAUUGAAGGUGCUAUUCAUGCAUAUUAUGAUGUAAUUUCAGAGCCGUGUGUGGUUUGUGGACAGUUGAAUGAAGAUGAAGAGUUGCAUAGAUUUGCCUCUUUACAUUCCCUCCCUCUUGAUCAAAGCUUAAAGAUUGUUAAAAACUUUUUGAUAGCUGCUACUGCUAAAGACUGUAGCUUGAUGAUUAGUUUUAGGCCAAGAGAAGGUGAAGACUGGGGGUCUUCAAAUAAUACAAUAUGCCUUGAGUCUACAGGGCAAUUUUUUGAUUAUAAGGUAUACUUCAUUGACUUGGAUCUAAAACCUAUGAAGAAGAUGGAAGAAUAUUAUGAACUGGACAAGAAGAUAGUGAGUCUCUACAGAAAAAUAGAGAAAGGGAAAGUAGGUGAUAUUUCAAAUGCAAAAUUUUACGAGUCUAUGGUUGAAAAGUAGAUCCAAUAAUAAGGAAUAAUUUCCUCAUUGAGGAUUUACUUGUGUAUGUGAAUACUGGAGAUGCGGGGUUUGUGUUGCCCAUGUCUAUAUCUGGACCUUCAGACAGGAAUUUGUGGGGAAAGCUUGAAUGCUGUGUAUCAUGGUCCAAUGCAAUGGCUGCUCUUGGCUGUACCCUUCCCUAAAAAACGAGCCAUUGAAAAGGUAUAAAAAGAAGGGAAGUCAACCAAGAAACUAGGAACUUUUUUUUAGAAAAGAGAGAUGUAGGUGGCGUAGUAGCACGCACACUGCAGCGCAUGCUACUACAGUACGACGCCUCAGCGUCAAGUGUGAUAGAUUGCACAGAGCCCUGCUUUGAUGGAAGGGCUAGAGUGUAGAGGAGCCAUGUGUAAUAUAAUGCUAUACGUUCUGAAGGGGAAUUGGGCAUUGGAAAGGACAAGAAGACGAUAGACAAGAAGGGACGGAGUAGGGAGAAAGACAAAGUCGAGGGAUCGAGGACGAAGUCACGAUUCUGAUUUCGCCUCAUUUUCCCCUUCCUUUCUUACCUUCCUGCAUGUGUUUAUAUGGAUUUCAUCAAUUUAUUAGGUAAGUGAAGUGAUAUUUGACUUGUAGGAUCCCUACUCUGUUUUUGUUAUACUCUUUUGUUUCUUUUUUAAUUUUAAAAAGAAGUUUGAUUCUCA